AUGCAGAUGGAAGAUUUGAAUAUUGAAAAUGAAGAGAAUGAAGAAUUAGUCUUCGAUGAAGGGGUGGAAGAGGAUUGCAACAGGUUUGAUCUAUGUAUUGUGGGUCGUUUUUUGACGGAGAAAAACAUCAAUGGUCGUGCAAUGAGAACAAAGCAUGCGGAUUUAUGGAAACCUGCAAUGGGUAUAAACAUCAAAGAUCUCAAGCCUGGGAUUUUCUUGUUUCAGUUCUACCAUAAGGAUGAUAUGAAUUGGGUGCUGAGUAAUGGACCGUGGAUGUUUGAUGGAGCGCUUCCGGUAAUGAACAUAGUAAGGAUGGGAGAAGAUGCUGUUAAAGUCUCGCUGAAUGAGGUGGAUUUCUGGAUUCAUAUACAUGAGCUUCUGGUGGGAUAUAUGACAGAGAUGUAUGACGCAAAGAACAACUCAAGCAUUUGGCGUGAAUUCAUGCGAUUAAGAAUCCGAGUAGAUGUUUGUAGGCCUCUCAAAAGAAAGAAGAAGAUACUGAAAAAAGAUAAAACAGAGAUUGUGGUUAACUAUGGGGAUAUUACCAAAGAAUGGGGACACUGGUUACGUGCUCCACCACAGAAAACAGCUGGAGGUAGCAAAAGCAAGUGGCUCCGGGAGGAAGGUGACGGCGACUGGGGGCGGUGGAAAAGAAUGGAUAACUACAAUACUGAAAAUCAGGGAUUUCAAAAAACUGAUUGGUCACGCUCAGCAACUGAUUUGCGUGAUCAAAGGGAUAAGGGGAAUAAUUCAGAGAAAAAUCAGGGAUAUAGCGGUGAGUACGGAAAUAAUGUAACAGCUAAGGCGGGGAAUUCAAAUUCAAGUAAUACUAAUGGGCUGGAUGCUGAUGAGUUAUAUGGGCUAAAUUCGGAGGAAAUGAAACGGCAGAGAAUAGAAGCCCAAUACACUGUAUUACAGACAAAACAAACAGAUACAACAAUCAAGGAACCUACUUUUUUUAAUGAUAAAAAAGGUACGAUUGCACACCCUCAAUAUCUUCUUGAUGGUUUUCGUAAAGUGAUUGAAGAAUGUCAAUUGGCUGAAAUAAGUUUAAGAGGUGGUAAGUUCACAUGGGAGCGAGCUCGAGGUACUAGUGCUUGGGUAAGAGAAAAGCUGGAUCCUGGUUUUGCUAAUGCGAGUUGGCUGGCUAAAUUCCCAGCGAACAGCCUGAAAGUUGUUCACGCAAUAGUCUCUGAUCAUGAACCGAUUGUUUUGGAGCUUUUAAAUACGGAGAUAUCGAACAAAGAGUGGAGAUUCUGUUUUGAGAACAUCUGGUUAAAAGAACCAGAAUUUAUCCGGGAAGUUUCUGAAAUUUGGGUUUCGACUCCAAUAAUACAUCUCCUUCCAAAAAUUGUUGAGAUCACCUCGUUUAUGGCCAAGUGGGGAAGGUCAUUCUUUCAUAAGUUCAGAGAAAAGAUAAGGAAGCAUAAAGCAAACUUAGAAGAGCUUGUGGACUGUGAAGAUGCUGAGAGUGGUGACGAUAAUACUCGGUUCUUUCAUGGCUCUGCGUCUGCAAAGAAAAAGGCAAAUAAAAUUGCUUUUUUGACCAAUGAUGCUGGAGAAAAGGUUGAGGAUCACAAUGGAAUGUGUGAAGUUGUUCGAGAGUAUUUUACCAAGUUGUUCACUGAAGAAGAAGGGAUAACUAAUAUGACAAAUCCUGAUCGUCAUAGGAUGUUAUCUGUAGACCAGAAUCGUAAGCUAACUGAGGAGUUCACAUUCGAGGAGUUUACUGCAGCACUAAAGCAAAUGCACCCUGACAAAUGGAUCAAAAAGAAAGAAUUUCCAGGAGAUCUUAACAGUUGGAAUGUGGUUUUGAUUCCGAAAAAGGAAAAUGCUUCUAGUAUGAGAGAUUUAAGACCCAUUGCUCUGUGCAAUGUGCUCCAUCGAAUUAUGGCAAAGGUGCUGGCCAAUAGAUUGCAAGAGGUGCUUCCACCCAUAGCUUUUGAGGUGAUUCACCAUAUGUCUCGUAAAAAGCAAGGAAGGAUAGGAGAAGUUGCUCUGAAGUUGGACAUCAGCAAGGCAUAUGACAAAGUGAACUGGUCAUUCUUGAAACGGCGAAUGAAGGCUAUGGGUUUUUAUGAUCAGUGGAUUGAGUGGACAAUGCUAUGUGUCAAAACAGUUACUCAUAACUUCACACUAAAUGGCUCUCUUGUCGGACCAAUUAUUCCUAAGAAAGGAUUGAGACAAGGCGACCCACUUUCCCCUUAUCUAUUCUUGCUGGGUGUUGAAGGCUUGUCUAAUGCAAUUGAUGAUGCUUCUGGUAAUGAUAUGAUUCACGGUUGUCAAAUUAGUCAAACAGCACCAACGAUUUCCCACCUCUUGUUUGCUUAUGACAGUUUUCUAUUCUUUCGAGCUAUUACUGAGGAAGCAAGAAACAUUAAAAACCUCCUUGUCAGUUAUGAGAAAUACUCAGGACAGUCUGUAAAUUUCCAGAAAUCGGGUGUGUACUUUAGUGCGAAUGUUGCUCAAAACAAGCAAAACGAAAUAUCACAGAUUUUGGAGGUGCAUAAUGGGAUCACAAAUACAAUGUAUCUUGGGCGGUUGCCAUCUUUGGUGGGUCGAUCGAAGAGAAGAGUAUUUAGUUACCUGAAGGAGAAGGCGAGUAAGAAGAUUCAACAGUGGGAAGCUAAACCGAUAUCUCAGGGAGGUAAAGGACAAGGAUCAAGCUUCAUAUGGUCAGGAAUAUGGACUACAAAGGAGGAACCAUCUAAAGGGUUCAGAUGGGUAUUGGGAAGUGGGGAAGAUAUUGUGGCAACUCGAGACCCAUGGCUGAGAAACAAAAUGAAUUUUCAGGUGGAGCAGAAUCAAUUUUACGCAGGAAGAGAUGAAAAGGUUUGUAGCUUAUUCUUGCCAGGUGAAAAGAAAUGGAACACGAACUUGAUUCAGAGGAAUUUUCUUAAAGAAGAUGCAGAGGCAAUCAUGUCACUACCUAUUUCACAACGUACAGUGGCUGAUAGAAUAGUGUGGGCUCACUCGAAUGAUGGUGUAUAUACGGCUAAGCAUGCUUAUCGGUUCUGGUAUGAUGCUCAUUUUGGUACUAAUGUUGUUCCGCAAUGUACAGGGUGGAAAAGUAUCUGGCACCUGCAGUUACCUCAUAAAAUCAAAAUGCUUGUGUGGCGUUUUUGUCGAAAUGCAAUUCUAGUUCGUCGGAGACUGAGCUCUAAAGGAGUCAGAAUUCCCAUUACGUGUCCCAUGUGUGCGGUGGAUAUUGAGCAUAUGCUUCAUUUGUUUUAUGAUUGUAGUUUUGCUGCUGGAUGCUGGAACCAUGUUGGCUUGGUGUAUGAUUGGAGUCAAACAGAAUUUGCCCCAGAAUGGUUACUUCAAAAGCUUAGCUCUACAACAAAUGAAGAGAAGGUAAAAAUUUGCGUGGUUUUAUGGGGCAUCUGGUACUGGAGGAAUAAGAGGGUAUGGGAAAGCAAGGUAGUCACACCAGGUUUUGCUAUGGACAGCAGUUUUCAAGUGCAAUUAGACUGGGUUCAAGCGAGGAAAACACAGGAAACAAAUGAUCCAGGAAGGACAGAUGAUAGGGGGGCAAGGCAAAGUUUAAGUGCACGGUGGCAACGUCCUGCAGCUGGAGUGGUUAAAAUAAAUGUCGAUGCCUCCGUCUACCCAGGUACAAAUGUUUUCUCAGUAGGAAUGGUGAUGAGGAAUGAUGAAGGUAACUUCAUGGAAGCCAAAACGUUCAAAUUCAGUGGUGAAGUAUCAGUAGUCGAGGCCGAGUGUAUUGGUGUUCGUAAAGCCUUAUCGUGGAUCAAAGACCUGCAAAUGCAAGACGACGAGAUAGUUUUGCAAUCGGAUUCUCAGCUCACUGUUAAUGCAAUUCAGAAGCAUAGCAUAAACUACUUGGAGGUUGGAGAGAUAGUUCAGAGCUGCAAGCAGAUCCUUAAUAGUUUCAGUAGAGUUUCGGUUGUUUUUAUCACAAAAAAUGCUAACAGGGUAGCACAUGAGAUAGCUAGAAUCCCUUAUUUAGUAAAUUCCUAUAAUAUAUUCACUGUCUCCUCCUACGUGUUUGUUGGAGGCCUUGCAUAUGACGUGUUGAUUUGA